ACGCGAACUCCGUUAGGACCCUCCCAUUCUCCCAAGACCUCCCUUCCCCCAUGCCUGCGACAACCACAGCUACUAAUAAGCAAUCUCAACAGCUCCUAUAGCUAAUAUCCCGCAACCCCGGACCCACCCGUGGACUUUCCUCCGCUCGAAUCUCCGUCGCUGAAUAUACGAGAGGGUGAUUUUCGGUCAGGGCACUCUCCCUCCUCCUUACCUUUCCUCUUCCUCUACGCAUUGUAUUCCUAUCUGUUGUAAUGGUGCGCGCCGAAAACACCCAAGGCACACAGGAAGAGACAUGGGUGGAGCUUCCCCCGAGAAAUCGAGACGGGACGGCAGAGCGAGACGAGGACCCUUUCGUAGCCGCGGACACGGCUCCGCACCACAAUCAACAGUCGCCGCCGCAUAUCCAUAGACCGGUACCACGCCGCAAUUUCUCGAUUCUUUCGCAAACGAGCGAGUCUCUCGACCAAUUCCCACCGUCGUCGCCUCCGUCCACGUCGCAUAUUCCCAAUACUCGGUCGUCGGAUUUCCUCGCUCAGCUGACGGCCAGAUUGCAACCGCUUAAGAGUGGCCGCAAUGACGGCGCGAGUGAGAAUGGCAGCGCUGGAGGCCUGCAGGACAGAUCGAAGAGCUUCUUGAACAUGAAGAGCACGCUGUUUGGCAUCUUUGAUGAAGCUGGGACUAGCAUUCCCGGCGAGAGUACUCUGGACACACCACUCGACCUAGGAGCACUGACGCCUUCGCUCGGGGCUGCGUAUGACAAUGGGCCAGGUAGUCCGGAUGGGGGAGUAACCCUCAACCAGGCAAAGAGAAGGCCUCACAAUGCGCUACAACGUCAGCACUCCGGGGUAGCCCGUGGCCCCAAGUCGCAGAAGAACAGUGUCGGGAGGUUGACCAAUGUGGUCUUCAAACUCGUGUUGCUCUUCCUGUUCGGCGCGGCUUACGGUAUCACGGUGUCACACUUGCACGACAGAAAGGAGCUUGCUGCAGUCAAUGUCGGUGGUGUGGACUUCAAAAGCUGGACCUACUGGACUGCCUGGGGCCUUGCGGGUGUCGUGCUGGGAACCCUACUCCCUUAUGUCGACUUGAUUUCUUCUCAAGCGCAAGAAGAGAGGAGAAGUCAAGCUUCCACACCCAAGGAGUCGGAGCCAUCUACCGGAGAACAGUGGAAUGAGAUUGUGCGAAGCAUCGGCGCUUUCGUCGGUAUUGCCUUUGCCAUUCGCCGACUGCCCUGGGAAUCCACACUCCAACUUAUCAUCACACUCGCUCUCGUCAACCCCGCGCUUUGGUACAUUCUCGACCGCACUAGAAACGGCGUCCUAUUCUCCCUCACCAGCACCUCUUUAAUUACUUCCUUCAUCUUCCUCGCGAACCCGGAUAUACUGCCCUCUCCGGAACCCCUUGUUGCCGUUAAUGCCACGCAAUUAGCAUCCGCCGUAACAGGCCGUUCCGACCCCAAACAACGUUUCGCUGGCGUCAUUAGUUACGAUAACGUGGCUACCGCGACAUGGGUCGGUAGUGUGAUUUUCUGUAGUUGCAUUUGUUUUGGUGGGAUUGGUCGUAGGUUGGCUGUCUUUGGAUGAGCCAGCAUUGGUAUUAUGGGAAAACAGCUCUAUGGCAGGGUAAUGGCAGAGUGAGGGAUGGCGAUUCACCUGCAUGAUUGCUAUUCAUUGCUUGUUUUAAAUACGAUAUAAUGGACACCUGGCAUGGCAUGGCAUCGAUCGAUCAGACAUGUAGUCUGCCGACGCGAGCUCAGCACAUUUUCGCCUUUCUU